GGAGGGCACGUAUGAUGGUAGUGCUCGCAGCGCAUGGAGCAGCCUUUAAUAAGCCCCUGGCACAUGACAUGCGAUGGCUGCACAGGAUGGUGCCCAGGGCCGUAGCCGUGAGUGACAGUUGCUUCAGGAACCUUGCCGAGGAUCGUAGUGGGAUAAACCUUAAAGAUCUGGUCCAAGACCCUUCUUUGUUGGGUGGGACUAUAUCUGCGUACAAGAUAGUGCCAGACGAAAUAGAAGAAAUCAAGGAGACGCUGAUAGAUUGGUGUGAUGAAAAGGAACUUAAUUUGAUUUUAACAACUGGAGGAACAGGGUUUGCACCACGAGAUGUCACUCCAGAGAAAUUCCCAACAUUCCCAUUAUGUGGGCUCCAGAGAGGGGCCACUAAAGAAGUAAUAGAGCGAGAAGCCCCAGGGAUGGCCCUGGCAAUGCUGAUGGGAUCACUUAAUGUUACUCCUCUGGGCAUGCUCUCUAGACCUGUGUGUGGAAUCAGAGGGAAAACUCUCAUAAUUAAUCUGCCAGGUAGCAAGAAAGGGUCACAGGAAUGCUUUCAGUUUAUACUGCCAGCCCUACCUCACGCCAUUGAUCUUUUGCGGGAUGCCAUUGUAAAAGUAAAGGAGGUACACGACGAGCUUGAAGAUCUACCUUCACCACCACCUCCUCUUUCUCCUCCUCCAACCACCAGCCCUCACAAGCAGACAGAAGACAAAGGAGUACAGUGUGAGGAAGAGGAGGAAGAGAAGAAGGAUAGUGGAGUUGCUUCAACAGAGGACAGUUCUUCUUCACAUAUAACAGCAGCAGCCAUUGCAGCUAAGAAGCAUCCACCCUACACCAGUUCAGCUGUUAUCAUGGCAAAAGGUGAACAGCCCAUCCCUGGUCUCAUCAGUUAUUGCCAUCACGCAGCAGGCAGUGCAGGAGAACCGAUUCCAGAUUCCAUCAUCUCUCGUGGUGUUCAGGUGCUCCCACGUGAUACAGCCUCCCUCAGUACUACUCCUUCAGAAUCUCCUCGUGCCCAGGCCACCUCUCGUCUCUCCACUGCAUCCUGCCCAACACCAAAACAAAUUAGACGGCCGGAUGAAAGCAAAGGAGUUGCUAGUAGAGUUGGAUCCCUCAAAGCUCGGCUCCCUUCGUGCUCAUCCACCUAUAGUGUUUCUGAGCUCCACUAUAGGUUGGAAGGGCUUAAAGAUGAACUGAGGAGGAAUAGAGGCUACAACUCGAGAGUCCAGUCUAGGUGCAGCAGCAAGGAGAACAUCCUCAGAGCAAGUCACAGUGCUGUUGACAUCACCAAGGUAGCAAGAAGACACCGCAUGUCUCCAUUCCCAUUGACAUCUAUGGACAAGGCCUUCAUCACAGUUCUGGAGAUGACCCCAGUGCUUGGAACAGAAAUCAUCAAUUACAGAGACGGAAUGGGCCGAGUCCUUGCUCAAGAUGUAUAUGCAAAAGAUAAUCUACCACCAUUUCCAGCAUCAGUAAAAGACGGCUACGCUGUCAGAGCUGCUGAUGGCCCAGGAGAUCGAUUCAUCAUAGGGGAAUCCCAGGCUGGUGAGCAGCCGACUCAGACUGUGAUGCCUGGUCAGGUAAUGCGCGUUACAACCGGUGCUCCAAUUCCAUGUGGUGCUGAUGCAGUGGUGCAAGUGGAAGAUACAGAGCUCAUCAGGGAAUCGGAUGAUGGCACUGAAGAACUAGAGGUUCGAAUCCUGGUGCAGGCUCGACCAGGCCAAGAUAUCAGACCUAUAGGACACGACAUUAAAAGAGGUGAAUGUGUGCUGGCUAAAGGAACCCACAUGGGUCCAUCUGAGAUUGGUCUCUUAGCAACUGUUGGAGUAACUGAAGUAGAAGUUAACAAGUUUCCAGUGGUUGCAGUCAUGUCAACAGGGAAUGAGCUACUGAAUCCUGAAGAUGACCUCUUGCCAGGAAAGAUUCGGGACAGUAACCGUUCAACUCUCCUAGCUACAAUCCAAGAGCAUGGCUACCCAACGAUCAACUUGGGAAUUGUGGGAGAUAACCCAGAUGAUUUACUGAAUGCACUGAAUGAGGGUAUCAGCCGUGCUGAUGUGAUCAUUACAUCAGGAGGUGUAUCUAUGGGGGAAAAGGACUAUCUUAAACAGGUGCUGGAUAUCGAUCUUCACGCACAGAUUCACUUUGGCAGAGUUUUUAUGAAACCAGGCCUGCCAACAACUUUUGCUACUCUGGAUAUUGAUGGUGUAAGAAAAAUAAUAUUUGCGCUCCCAGGCAACCCUGUAUCAGCUGUUGUCACCUGCAAUCUCUUUGUUGUUCCUGCACUGAGGAAAAUGCAGGGUAUCCUGGAUCCUCGACCCACCAUCAUCAAAGCCAGGUUAUCAUGUGAUGUAAAAUUGGACCCCCGUCCAGAAUAUCAUCGGUGCAUACUGACUUGGCAUCACCAAGAACCACUACCUUGGGCACAGAGUACAGGGAAUCAGAUGAGCAGUCGUCUGAUGAGUAUGCGCAGUGCCAAUGGACUGUUGAUGCUACCUCCAAAGACAGAGCAGUAUGUGGAGCUUCACAAGGGGGAGGUGGUGGAUGUCAUGGUCAUUGGAAGGCUAUGAUGUCACCAGCAAGAACGAAGCUUUGAUGCAUGUCCACAUAUCAUUGACUGUAUCCUGUAAUAUGCAACGGCACAGCUAGUUUUUCUGAUUUGGAUAAAAGUUGAUCAGUAUAGUCAACAUCUUGAAUUAUAUUUCAAAUGGAAUUUAAAUAAAUACCUUUUAAAAAAAAAACUUUAAAACAAAUCUUAACAAAGAAAUUUAUUCUGAUUAUAUCAAAGCAACUUUUUCCUUUCCUUGCAAUUGCUUUGUGUGUUCAAUGCUAGUUCUAAUAGCGGUAGCUUUUAGUAGACAGCAGUAGGUGCCUGCAGAACUUGUGUUUUUUCUCAUCUUUAAGAUACAACUACUUAUGCUCUUAAAACAAGGCUGUCUGCUUAUUUAUACUAGCGUAGACAACACUUGGAUUUCCCUUAUUAGUAUGCUUCAUAACCGCUUCACAGAGAGCUUCUGCUUGUUCUUUAUCUUGUAUCUCGUGUUGAUGUGCACAGUGCCAAAAGCAGAGUGGCUGCACUGGGAACCCAAUGAAGCCCCGAGGUUUCCUCACCUCGCUGCGCAUUCAGGGAUCUCUCUUGUCCCGGCAGCCACCCAGCUCAGUACUCUUGGGCAGUAACUGGAUACCUUUUAUUUCAACAAACAAAAAAAUUGCUUCCUUAAGUGCUGACAGCCUUUUUAACCAAUACAUUUAAAAAUGUACAGAAUUAAAAACUAAAAAAAAUCAAAGACUGAUCUUGUACAGAUAUUAGUGUUACCAGCAUUCGUGUGGAAAUUAAAUGAGCAAAGAAAUAAAACUAAUGUUAAACAACUCUGUACCAUAACAUUUUCUGUAAUGAUAUUGAAACUUAAAUGAAUAAAAAAAAUCCUCAAUCAUUAUUUAAAA